AUGAAAGAUAGAAGAGAUCACUUUCAUUAUGUUUACAGCUCGGAUCUCAGGCAAAGGCUCAACAUCAGAAUUGGCUCGCUCGAAGGACACAUACCCGAAAAACCCAUAGAAGAUGUUUUGAAUAACGAAAUUCACUCCUUUGUCACUGACCGAUAUGUAUAUAUUUCUGUCGAGUUGUAUGCAUCAGGCCGGCCUUACUCGCUUCCUGCACAAUCUCAUCCUAUACCAGUUCCCAGAAAAAAUCCAAACAGUUCCGCUUCCCAAAAAGUAAAAUGGGAUCAAUGGCUCACCCUUCCCGUGCAAUUUUGCGAGCUACCGAGAGAUUCUGUGCUUGCUCUUCGCCUUCUGGAAUUUGGUACUGAUGUUUGCCUUGGAUCGUCUGUUUGUGAAGUUUUCUCCGAAAUCGGAGAGUUCCUUCAAGGAACUAGAGACCUUUGGGUCUGGCCCAUGAUGGAGCCAGAUCCAAGAUAUCACAAUAGCUCUACGUCUUCCAAAGGCCAAAUAGAUAAGAACCAUCAGAUGCAUAGACUGAAGCCCCUCAAAGACAAUAUGAAUUUCAAGGAAAACUCGAAAAUUGAAUGGCUAAACAACUGGACAACAAAGGAGAUGUCUCAGCUUUCUCACAAAGAGUCGAAUGUCGGUGAUUUCAUGAACUUGGUUAUUGAGACGGAAUCCUUGGCCUUCCGCGAGGGUCAAAAUCGAAGUACACCAGCAGGAUACCAUCCCGAAAAGAGAGUACUAGAUUAUGCUUGUGUUUAUAUGGAGAAUAACGCGGAUCAAGAUGUGACUGUUACGACGGACCACAAGCUCUACAGAGUUCCUGAUUUCAUCGCAAGGGAAAACAUCGUUGAAGAGGCGCAUCUAAAAGUCGUGAGAUCCAUUGGCAGAUCGAUGACAGAGACGAAAAAACCGUCGCCUGUCGAGAGAGACAGACUAAUGAAAAUCAUCCAAGAAGGUCUUACAGAAAACGACAUUGAAAACGGAACGAUGGUUUUUAAAUUUCGCAAUUUCCUAUCAAGCUAUCCAAAUGCCCUUAUUCCUUUUUUGACUUCAAUUCGUUGGUUGGAUCCGGACGAAAAGUCAACAGCCCUCUGUGCCUUAGAUAAUUGGGCCCCUAUCAAACCAGAAGCCGCUCUCGGUCUUCUUGGAAACUCUCUUGCCGGAAAACAAAUCGAAGUUCGCAAGUACGCCGUUUCAAGGCUACGUGCAGCUCAAGGAGAAGAUCUAGAACUCUAUCUGCUUCAAUUAGUACAAGCUUUAAAGUACGAAAGCCAAGCUGGAGAUGGCGUCAGUCGAGCACAACUUCUGCAAGAAUCGAUGAUCGAUGACAGCGGAAGCCUUUCCAUCUCUCACAAUCAGGUACAAGGAGGACUCGAGCAAUUCCUCCUAGAAGUCGCCCAGCUAGACCAGUCUAUCGGGAGCUACUUGUAUUGGUUCAUCAAUGUCGAAGCGCAGAACGAGGCAAAUGAAGACUUUCGAAGCCUUCACUCUUAUGAUUACAAUCGUUUCCUCGAACACUUUAAUUCGAGCUUCUACAAAUCGAGAAGGGAAAAACAACGAGCAGAGUUACUUCGCCAGGAAAAAUUAAUUACCGAUCUGAUUAAUGAACUAAGAGCGUGUGAAAAAUACUCUUCAAGGCCUGAGCGUUUAGAGCAAUUCAAAAGCCGUCUAGAAGACGAAACGCCUCGUGAAGAGUACGGUACCUUUUCGAAUUUUAAGCCGACGAUGUAUCCGCUUGAUCCGCGCAAGAAAAUCGUUGGCAUUAACAUCGAUAAGACUUAUCUUUUCAAGUCUGCAAUGAUGCCAGCUCUAGUUUUCUUUAAAUUAGAAGGAGGCGGAGAAGUUGGUGCAAUCAUUAAAGUUGGAGAUGAUUUGCGUCAAGAUCAAUUAAUCCUCCAGAUGAUCACGCUUAUGAACCGACUGCUUCUAGAAGAAAAACUCGACCUAAAGCUCACUCCGUAUUGUACCCUUGCGACCUCGAUUGAUGCCGGUCUGAUGGAAUUCGUCCCGGACUCAAAAGGCAUUGGAGACAUCUUACGAAAAGAAGGCUCUAUUGGCAAAUACCUACAAGAAUGUCGCGGUCCACGAAGUGUUAUCAUGGACAAUUAUGUUCGAUCCUGUGCUGGCUACUGUGUCGUUACAUACAUUCUCGGUGUAGGGGAUCGCCACAACGACAAUCUACUCAUUACGAGGGACGGCAAGCUGUUUCAUGUUGACUUCGGUUUUAUACUCGGCCGUGAUCCAAAGCCAAUGCAGCCACAUAUGAAGCUUAGCAGAGAAAUGGUGGAAGCCAUGGGAGAAGAAGGAUGGAAAGACUUCAGAAACUAUUCCUACGAGGCUUACAUCAACCUUCGCCGACACUCGCAGUUCAUCCUUUCACUAUUCGCCCUGAUGCUUGAUGCUGGGAUUCCGGACAUUGCGAUCGAGCCGGACAAGACUCUUCAAAAGCUGCGCGAAAGGAUGCGCCUUGACCUGAAUGACACAGAUGCAUUCAAACACUUCCAAAUGGUCACUGACCAGGCGAUUUCAUCUGUUACUGCUCGAAUCAGCGAGAACAUGCACGCCAUCAAAAUCUGGACCACUUCUUGA